CCUUGUUGUCGGGGUUGGCGGGCGCGGGGCCGCUGACGCCGGCGCGCGCGGAGCGGGGGCGCCGGAGGCCGGAGCCGGGGGACGAGGCGGCCGCUCGGGAACCGGCCCCGGGAGCGGGCGGGCGAGGUCGGGCGGGGCCGCCAGCGCCAUGGCGGAGACGAUCAUAAUCCGUGUCCAGUCGCCGGAGGGCGUGAAGCGCAUCACGGCAGCAAAACGAGAAACAGUUGCAACAUUUCUAAAAAAGGUUGCAAAAGAGUUUGGCUUCAGGAAUAAUGGCUUUUCUGUGUACGUCAAUAGAAACAGGACUGGUGAGAUCACAGCAUCACAGAACAAAUCCCUCCAUCUACUGAAAAUAAAGCAUGGUGAUAUGUUGUUCCUCUUCCCCUCGAGCCCUGCUGGCUCUUCCUCUGAGAACAUGGACACCUCUAUCUCCCAAGGGCUGUUGCGCCCCUUGGGGGUCCCGCACUUGGUGGAAGAUGAGAUCGACCAGUACCUAAUCAAACAGGAUGGGAAGAUUUACAGGAAUCGAGACCAGCAACUAUGUCGACAUGGCCCUUUGGGUAAAUGUGUGCAUUGCGUACCACUAGAGCCUUUUGAUGAAGAUUAUUUAAACCAUCUGGAACCUCCUGUGAAGCAUAUGUCAUUCCAUGCCUACAUCAGGAAGCUGACCGGAGGAGCAGACAAGGGGAAGUUCGUUGCACUGGAAAACAUCAGCUGCAAGAUUAAAUCUGGAUGUGAGGGGCAUCCUCCCUGGCCAGAAGGCAUUUGCACCAAGUGUCAGCCAAGUGCUAUCACUCUCAACAGACAGAAAUACAGGCACGUCGACAACAUAAUGUUUGAGAACCACACGCUUGCCGAUCGCUUCCUCGACUUCUGGAGAAAGACAGGGAACCAGCAUUUUGGGUACUUAUACGGACGAUAUACAGAGCACAAGGACAUCCCUCUGGGUAUCAGGGCUGAGGUAGCCGCCAUCUAUGAACCUCCACAGAUUGGCACACAGAACAGCCUGGAGCUCCUAGAAGAUCCGAAAGCCGAGGUUGUGGAUGAGAUUGCUGCAAAACUUGGCCUGAGAAAGGUUGGCUGGAUAUUUACGGAUCUGGUCUCUGAAGAUACACGGAAGGGGACUGUUCGAUACAGCAGAAACAAGGACACGUAUUUUUUAAGUGCAGAAGAGUGCAUCACUGCUGGAAACUUUCAGAACCGGCAUCCCAACAUAUGUCGCUUGUCUCCAGAUGGUCACUUUGGAUCCAAAUUUGUCACUGUUAUGGCUACAGGUGGUCCCGACAACCAGGUCCACUUUGAGGGUUACCAAGUCUCUAAUCAGUGCAUGGCUCUGGUACGGGAUGAGUGCCUGCUGCCGUGCCGGGAUGCACCGGAGCUCGGCUACGCGAAGGAGUCCAGCAGUGAGCAAUAUGUCCCUGACGUAUUCUAUAAGGACAUAGACAAGUUUGGCAACGAGAUCACUCAGCUGGCUCGCCCGCUCCCUGUUGAGUACCUAAUCAUAGAUAUUACCACAACUUUCCCCAAGGAUCCAGUUUACACGUUUUCUAUUUCUCAAAAUCCGUUCCCUAUUGAGAACCGUGACGUGCUGGGAGAAACUCAGGACUUCCACAGCUUGGCCACGUACCUAUCUCAAAACACUUCCUCUGUUUUCCUUGACAUCAUCUCUGAUUUCCACCUGCUCCUUUUUCUGGUCACCAAUGAGGUCAUGCCUCUGCAGGACAGCAUCAGCUUGCUGCUGGAGGCAGUGAGGACCAGGAACGAGGAGCUGGCGCAGACCUGGAAGAAAUCGGAGCAAUGGGCCACCAUUGAACAGCUCUGUAGCACAGUUGGAGUCCAAGUCUCGGGGCUCCAUGAAUAUGGUGCCAUGGGCAGUUCAACACAUGCUGCAUCCUCAGCCAUGUGGGCUUGCCAACACUGCACCUUCAUGAACCAGCCCGGCACAGGCCACUGCGAGAUGUGCAGCCUUCCCAGGACCUAGCCCCUGCUGCUUGGAGCUAGGGGCAGACUUAAAAAUACAGAGGCAAACCCGUUAAAAAGCAGGAUGGUUUCUCAUGCCCCCUUCCCCGUAACCAUGCGCCACAAGAGGCAGACCAAGUGAGGGGGGGCUGCCAUGUCUGUGUCUCCAAUUGCAGGACUCUCGGCACUGUCCUUUCCGGGGCCUAGCAAUAGGGAGGGGAGGCCAGCUGGCUGCUGGUGGGAUUUCAUCUGGAAGCUGGAACACCCCGCGCUGUUAGCCCGGCAUGAGGAGACCCUUCGCUUCAGUGUCCACACACUCAGCUCCCCCGAGAUCUCCCUGCGCUGUCGUCCUCUGACUGGCUAUCCUGCCAUCUCCAGGGGCUCUCUCUAGGCUUUGUGCUGCCAUCAGAGGCUGGUCCAGUUAGACGGCAGCUGCUUCUCCCUCUGAGCUGAGCAAGCUCUGGUGCGCAAGGCAAAGUGGGGUGGCUGGGCUGGCCAUCUCCACAGGUGCAUGGCAGCAAGGGGCUGACCUCCCUCUAGUAGCUUGCAUGAUGUGCAGCUCCCCUGUGCCGGCCUGGGAGGAAGUGAUGCUGUAGGCAUGGCUUGGUCCCACAGCCGCUCUUAGCAGGGGAUCACUGUCCCCCUCCCCAGCACUCCUCCUCCAAUGCCUGGUUUGUUUGUCAGCGGUCGGCUCAUCUCCAGUGGUUUUCUGUAGCCCUCGGUGCCUGACUCGGCUGAGCCUCCACCAUAAUUACAGCGUUGACUAAAUGGUCUGCAGCUGGAGAACAUACGAUGAGCACCAGUGCUGGGCCAGGAGCAAAGCUGCCACGCCCCAGCACUCAUCCGCAGUGCUUGUGGUCCUCUUGGCAUCCGAGUGGAGAGCUGGCGUCCCUUUGUGUACCCAAGAGCCCUGUCCCUCCUGGGUGACCCCUCACUGCAGCCCAGAAGCACGGUGAACGGCCUCUCUCCACAAAGCGGAUUUGGCAGUCGCGUCUCGGCUCUCCCCUGCCUAGGGCCAUGGCAUCCUGAUUGAAAGGGCAUGCGGGGCGGGGUGGGCUGGGUCUGCUCCUGCUUGCUAGAUCUCCCAAGGGCCAACGAACAAGCAGAGGGAGCUCGCUGUCCCAGACUAGAGGUGGGGCUGGCACCUUGGCUUAUCGCUUUUGUUAAAGCGGUGGGUGGGCAGCCUGGGCCCAUGGGGCAGCCGCCCCAGCUCUGUGGAGCAGGCAUCCUUUCACUCACGCCUUUCUCCCUUAAGGACACAGCCCACCAUAGGGUGCAAGCCGGGCACAGCAACACAGCGCAUGCUCCUUCCAUUACCACAGCCUUGCAUUUACUGCCGUCUCCUCCAUCUGCCAGCCACUGUGUCGUCCCUUGGGGGCUGCCCUGGAGGAGCUGCUUCCCUUGGCCAUCUCCCCCCUACAGAGUGAGGCUCUGGCACUUAAGAAGCGAAUGUAACUUGUAAGUCCGCUUUGCAUUAGCAAGUGCAGGGCCUGGCUCCAGCACAGACAAGGCACCCAUUCUGCAUUAGACCCCCCCAGGCCUGGGCUGGCUUCUUUUCCUUUUGGCUGCUUGGUAGUUAGCCCCAGUCCUGCAGCCAGAGCCCAGGUGCCCAAGCAAAGGGACGAGCCCCACACCUUUGUUUUCAGCAGCUGAUCCGCUCCACUGGAGCGAAAUGAGCCCCACAGCAAACAUGCAGCAUGUUCCAUCCUUCCAACUUGCCUGGGUCUGCUCGCAGCAGUCCAGUCUUGAUAGGUGCUCUUUAGUGUCUGACGUUCAGAGCUGGCCUUGGGGGCCACAGCAGGGGUGUUUGUGGGGGCCAGGCCACAAUGGGCAGGUCUCCCACUAAAUCACCACUCUGCUCUCCCUUUACAUUUAGACCCGUGGCGGCGGCGGCUGCUGCUCCUGUUUUUAACCCCACUGGGGCAGAAUUGCAGGUCUUGUUCUUCCUCGGCUUGCUGACUUAGUGACCUUAAGAGCAUCCCAGCUGGCCAGCCCCUGAGCCCAGGCUAGGCGCGUCUGUUAGCAUGGGGAAGUGCCAUUUGAAAGCCUGCCUUUCCCCCGCCCGGAGUCUUGCUGAGGUGGUGUCUGACCCUCUGCGACCCCACUGUGGCAUUUUGACCUGUUUGCCAUUCCCGGAGCAGCACCCGGCCCCUGGGGUUCGCUGCCUCUCUCCAAUUGUACUCAUUCAAACGCCCCAACGUUUCCUGUGCUGCCUUGUAAGGAAGCCCUUCCCAGCUGUUCAGAGAGGCCCUUGCUCUCCUUAUCCAAAGAGAACCAUGGUGGCCAUCAGCAGCUCAGUUGAAACGGGAGGAGUGGGUCCCCUUGGCAGGAUAAUGCUGCGAGUUUGUUUCCUCCCAGACUGAUAGGGGAACUAGGACUGGCUGAUCAUAAUGGGUCAAACAGACCCUUGGUACCCCAUCAGCCGGGGCUCCCCCUUUUCCCCUCUCCAGGAGGCCAGUAGUGGGGUGGGCAAGCUGGGGGGAGGGGUGGGGGACACAGUUUGACUUCUUACAGCUCAUCCCCGCACUCUCCGUGGCAGUGCGGAUGCAUCCCACCCCUUUCACUGCAACCCAUGAACAGCUGGCAGGAGUGACAUGGUUUCUACCCUUCGCAGUGGAAGGGUCCUUCGCGCCAUCCUGCUGCUGUUUGAAGAGUAGUCGAUUGCUGCCUGGCUGCGUUUGCCGGGAGGGCAGGCGGCUGUCUGUCCGUCUCUGGGUUUGUGUGUGAGUCUCCUGGGCCAUGGCUGCUCUUGCUUUUCUGUGCGCUUCGGCUUGCAGAGGUGUGCGUGUUGGGUGUGGACUGGAGUUACCUUAAUUAAAGCCCUGCAAGUAAAAUCUAAUAAAAGCGCCUGAAAUGUGAA